CCUACUCUGCAUUUCUUGUUUUGAUCCGGAUUUUUGUGGUCACAGCCAGCCAUUGAACCCCCCCUCUGUCGAUACCUCUCCAUUCCUUUUCAACUCCUCCAUUAUUCCAUUACGUCUUCUCUUUACUUUCCACUCAAAACACCCAUUUGUUUCUCCCUCUCUCCCUCUCUCUCUCUCUUCUUGUUGUUGUUGGCAUUCCACUCCUCUGACUCACUACCAACUUUCUCUCUUCAUCUCCAGUCUUGAUCUCCGCAUACCUUGAUAAGGAGGGCAUUACAAUGAAGAAGCUCGUAGUGAAGUUGGAUCUACAAGAUGACAAAGCCAAGCAAAAGGCCAUGAAGACAGUCUCUACUCUUCAGGGGAUCGACUCCAUCUCCAUGGACAUGAAGGAGAAGAAACUAACAGUGAUCGGAACAGUCGACCCAGUGAAUGUGGUGAGCAAGUUGCGCAAGUACUGGCAAACGGACAUAAUCACAGUGGGGCCAGCAAAAGAGCCUGAGAAGAAAGAGGAAGCAAAACCGGAAGAGGCCAAGAAAGAGGAAGCAAAACCGGAAGAGGCCAAGAAAGAAGAAGCGAAACCGGAGGAGGCGAAGAAGGAAGAAGCCAAGAAAGAUGAGCCCAAAAAAGAAGAACCCAAGAAAGAGGAAGAGCCGAAGAAGCCUCCGGUGCCUCAGCCUGACCCUGUCCUUGAGCUUGUUAGGGCAUACAGGGCGUACAAUCCUCAGAUGACCACCUAUUACUAUGUCCAGAGCAUGGAGGAGAAUCCAAAUGCUUGUGUCAUCUGUUGAUAAAUAAAAUAAAGAGGAGUUUUUGAGUGGGGGGUUGCUUCAGGUUCUAGCAGGUGAUGAUGGGAACUGAGUAUCAUCGGUGUAUAGAGAGGCAAACACCCUCGUCUGAGCAUGGGUCCGAGGAUCGCUGUAGUGUAUAUAAAGAUUGCCUCAUUUUUACUUGAGCCUAUUCAAUGAUAUGCAGGGAGAAUAAAUAAAAAAUUUUGUGGCCCCAUCAGGUAUGUAACUCUGGACUCUAGAGUAGUUUUGUUUGAUGUAUCUUAUGGUUGUUAUUACUUGGGCACUUACGUGCUAGAGCUAGCUGAUCAUGUUACAUAAAUCUGUUAGGGGAAUUACACUCAAGUCUAAGAUGGUAAAAUUUUUGAUUUUUUUUAA